UAGCUGCUGCAUCACGCUGUUGACUUAACACCCUUCCUUAAUAGUAAAAAUGCAAUAACAGCAUAUAAACAUCAGUUGCGUGAAGCAAUGAUGUCCGGAUAGCAACGGCCUGGGUGGGUCAGAGGUGCCCGGUGGCAAACACAAUAACAAGAGGUGUCUGUCACCUCUUCUGUCCUCGUUGCAAGCUUUGUUUGCAAAUGAAACUCUGAGCGUCUGUGGAUAGCUGUCCUGUUUGGCGGGACACAUGCUCCCUCCUUCCUCCCUGUCUGGCCUGUCCCCAGCCCGGGCGCUCGCUUGCUCCGGCAGCCCAUGCCUCCCUCCCCUCCUUUGGGUGGGAUUGGAGCGAUCACAUGAGUCGCCCGAGUCCUUCACUCUCCCCUUGCUUUGCCUGCAGCGCCUGCCUGCCGCUCUCGCCUCCUUGGAAGCCAGGAUCUCCCUUGCCGGCGGCUGGGCGCCGAACGUCCUUGCUUGGGCCAUGCACCUGAGCCCUGCCCUGCUCCUCCUGGUGCCUUCCCAGGUCAGGACACGGCCUGGAUUGUGAAAGAAGACGAGCAUCGGAGCCAGGAUGCCCUUGCCGAGGGGCAAAGCCCACCCGAGGGGUUGCCAACGCCUCCCUCCGCAGAGCGGUUGAGCACCAAAGUUUGGCUAAUUGUGCCAAAGCCUUCUCCACCUUGGCACCACCAUGCAUGGCCCGUGCCGUGCCCUUCCACUCCUCCUGGCCACCGCUUGGCAUCUCCAGUGCUGCGCGGCAACGAUGUUCCCGCGCCCGAAUAACAAGACACACACAUCCGAGGAAGUGGUCCGGUUCUUGGACGUCUACAACCGCAGCAGCUGCCAACCCAAGGAGGCGAUGGUGUCGGUGACGUCGGAGCACCCGUACAUGGUCAACCACAUCGUGAUGCCCUCUUGCGUGGCCUUGAAGCGCUGCGCCGGCUGCUGCGCCGACGAAUCGCUGCAGUGCGUGCCCACCCGGACCCGGGAGUUGGUCAUGGAGGUGAUGCUGACCCUCUUCCCGCACCACCGUUUGAACCAACUGACAUUUCUGGAGCACACCCAGUGCGCCUGCAGGUCCAAGAAGACCCCUUACAGGUUCAAUGCUAUCAGGCCGCCCUGCAGACCCUGUCUGGACAGGAAGAAGCGGCUGGACCCGCCGUCAUGCAGAUGCGUCUGCCGGAGUGACUCCAAACACUGCGAGGCCCGGGGUCUGACAUUCAACAGGACCACAUGCAGGUGUAUGAACCUGCAUCACCGAUUGACAAACAGGAGAACCAAAGCAGCUCUGUAGCAGGUCAGAGUCCGGACAGAAGGACUCCUUGGGGUCAGCAGCCGGCAAUUUUUCUCCACUACGGAAGCGAGACACGCAGCGUUUGGAGGAGAUCUGCAUCUCGGAAUAACUUUGGGUUGCCUCUCUUUGCAGCGAGCAAGGCUACACCACACUCCCAUCAAAUGCCUCUUCCCAUCCAUAUUUAAAACCCUGAACUGUGCCAAUCCAUACUCUGUUCCAAAAUGUGUUGCUUUUCCAUAGAAACAACAUUAUUCCUGGUUAACCGCGUGGAUCUAUCUACCUGUCCCGUCACCUCUGAACAUUGAAGCAGGUGGUAAGAAGAACGGAAGAUGCGAACUCAAUGUAGCCUUAUUCCAAUAUUUUUUGGGAUUUCACAUGGAUGCUCAGCUCACAUGUCCUGACAUCCAUCAUAGCUUUCAGGACCAAACUCCAGUGAUGUUCUUGUAUACACGGCAACUUGAUGUUGGAUAACUACACAACUAAGCCACAACCACACGUUUUCCUCUGCAUCCUGUCCCCGUUUUUGGACUAAAACAGGUCACUAUUGGAAUAAAACUAAGUCGAAACUUCCUAA